GGAUCUAUUGGAGGAGACAAACCCACAAAUCACCCUUCAACCGUUUAGACCGUCUGAACCCAUUGAGUGACCAACAGGAAAUCACAUGGAGGUGCUGUCGUGCUCACAUGACAAUCUGAACUAUGGCAGGCGAGCUCAAUGAAGGAUCAGUUCCUCCAUACUACAGGGAGGUGUAUGAGGCCAUCCGGAGUAAGAUAGAUGAACGAGUGCAGGUUGAGGUCUUCCAGAGGUUGCUCAGCAGGACAGAUCUUCCCAGUGCUGUGCAGGGCCAGAUUGCUGAGCAUGUUAACUACACUGAUGGAUUCUUAAGCAAGUUGUCCCUCUAUAAAGCACUGGCGUUGAUUGCACUUGCUCAGCAAGGAAAGCAACCAAGCCCGAAACUCUUGGAGAACUGCAUACAAGAGUUCCCUAAGCCCCAACUUGGUGAGUUCAAGGACCUCCAGAAUCUGAGGAUGCAGCCAACUCAGGAGAGCCCCCUCACAGUGUCCCAGACCCUGGGCAAGCUGCUGGCCAGGGAUACAGUCCAGGUGGAGCUAAUUCCUGAGAAGAAGGGUCUGUUCCUCAAACACGUGGAGUACCAGAUCACCAGCCAGCGUUUUAAGAUAUCCGUUUACCGGCGGUACAGUGAUUUCGAUGUCUUCCACGAGCUCCUGCUGCAGAGGUUUGCCUACAGAAUGGUGCCUGCACUGCCGCCUAAGAGAAUGCUGAAAGGAGUCCUGACCUCCAUGUCUGAGCGGGACUUUAUAGAGGGAAGGCGACGUGCUCUGGGCCGGUUCAUCAACCUAGUGGCACGACACCCCUUCUUCUCAGAGGACGAACUGGUCAAGACCUUUCUCACCUUCAACGGCUCGGACGUUCAAGUGAAAAUGCGUGAUGCUUGCAAGAAAAUGGGAGAUGAAUUCAUGACGAAUAGAAUGGCAACUCUGGCAAAGGAAUAUCUCCCAGCUGAUAUCCAGGCCCAGUUUUCAUCAAGCAGGGAACUGAUCAAGAAUAUCCACAACAGCUUUCACAAGCUGCGGGACCGGGCAGAGAAGAUGGCAGAGCGCUCCAAGGAAAACGCCACUGAUUUGCUAAUGUUUGGAAGGGAGCUCAGUACACUGGGCUCCGAUGGUUCACCCAUUCCCUCUCUGGCCUCAUCCCAAAGCACCUGGGGCAUUCUCCGUCAGUCUCUGAAAGGCCUUUCCGUAGAGUUUGCUCUGCUAGCCGACAAAGGUGCUCAGCAGGGGAGGAGAGAAGAGGACGAUGUUGUGGAAAAACUGAAUCUAUUCUUGGAUUUGCUGCAAUCAUACAGAGAUCUGUGUGAGCGGCAUGAGAAGGGAGUAUUGCACGAGCACCAGAAAGCGCUGCAGAAGUAUGGUAUGAUGAAGAGGCAGAUGAUGAGCGCCACAGUGCAGCCCAAAGAGCAGGUGUCUGUGGAGCAACUGGAGUCUCGCAUUGUGCAGCAAGAGAACGCCAUUCAGACCAUGGAACUGCGGAACUACUUCUCCCUGUUCUGCCUUCACCAGGAGACUCAGCUCAUCUUCACUUACCUGCCCAUCACCUCUCACAUCCUGGGAGCCUUCGUCAACUCACAGGUCCAAGGACACCAAGAGAUGGGUGCAGUGUGGAAUGAUCUCCAGCCGAAGCUUGGGUGUCUCUUUGGUGUCAAUGGAAUGCAAUCCCCUCCUCUUACACCCAAGUAGACACCCAUGCUCUCUCAACAAGCAAUGAAGAUGCUGCUUUGCAAGCCAAGAUACAGUCAAAGUCUCAGAAGGGACUGAUGGUGAACUGUUUUCAUAAAACCUUGAAAAACACUACAAACUGUGCCUUAAGUAACAGUUGUGUGGUGGAGGGUAAACGCAAGUAGCCUAAUGCAGUGUACUCACCUCUUUGUCUUUAUGGGACAGUUUAUCCACCUUUUGCAGAAAAAUGCAUUGAAGUAUAGGGAGUGUUACUUUUUUCUCUGCUACCGGUGAUCAGUUUACCCACCAAUUUCUUUUUUUACCACUACAUCACUGAUUUCAAUGAAUGGAUGUGGUCUGCAGCUCAUGAUAUAUUAUACUGUACGUGCAUCCUCAUUAGGGAUGUCACAGAGGUUGAUCAAAGGAGCUCAUUUGGAAGUGGAAGAGUGCUUUGAAGAAUGUGUGCUGCUGCUGCUGCUGCACCAUCGUUGAUGCUGCACCACCGUUGAUGCUGCACCACCGUUGAUGCUGCACCACCGUUGAUGCUGCCUUGCUGUACGAGAAGAGGACAAUAUUGCUUUCAUAGUUGAUAUACGGGGAACAUUUUGUUGAAAAGGAAUCCACAAAAAGCUGGACCUUUCUGUGUUAUUUUGUAGCUCACUGCCUUUACCAUAUGAGGGACUUCUUAGCUACACUUCUUGGAGGAUUAUUCAGCUAUGUUGAGGUAUAAUGUAGUGUCUUAUUGCAGGCAGACAAAUGUAAGAAUGUAUGUGCAUGUAAGAAAACACUAAUUAAGCUGAUUGACGAUGUUGCCACACAGGGAAGAUGCGUUUCCUGGCCGCAGCCAGGGGGCGGCAAUAUACCCUUUGUGUUUAAAAUGACUAGUGUAAAUGUUUAAGCUGUUUAGAAAGAUUCUAAUCAGGGCACAGCCUCAUUUCCAAAAGACAGGCAAACCAAUAUAUAUUUAAGGAAAUGUAGUAGCAGCAUGCUAUUCAAUGGUUUGUUGUAAAAUAAAACAUAGGUAUUAAUCAUCCUACUGACCACACUUGUGCAAUUGGGCUUGCUAGCUUGUUGUCUUUAUAUUCAUGCAAAGGACUUCAGAUUCCUUGCUUCAAUCGAAUCUUAGUUGCAACACUGUGAAAAGCUACUUCAGUUUCUACGCCUGAGCCGAGCAAGCUAUCAAGAGGAAGAGGUUUGAUCAAAUUAAAAUAAUGUGUGAUUUAUGGCUGUUAUAACACUCCGUGACCAUUGGUGAACAUACCAAAGAAACCAAAUGUGCUCUGUGUUAAUGCUUCUAACCUGUUUGCAAUGUUUCAGUUUCAAUUAAGAUUAUAUGGUGGUUCAGUGUUUUCUCAAUGUAGAUUUGAAGAAAACUAAAUAGAAUAUUUUUCUUUGUGUAUGUAAUAUUCUCUGAUUUAUCAUUUAUCUUGUCCUUUUAUUCAAAGGUAUACAUUACAAUUCCAUGUCUAAAGAAUAAGAUUGUUGGUAAAGUUUGUCAUUAUUUGAUCUGAUUAAAAGUUUAACCAGCAAUUUUUCACUCACAAUUUUGAAUGUUUAAGUAACCUCUCUGUUCUUGCAAAAUUCACCCUCUUCUUGCAGGAUGGGCAAAUUGCAUGUAUUUUACACGUAAUGAAUGAGGCUGUGUAAUAAACAAUGUCUCCCAAUUAGAACUGAGUAAUAUUAGAGAGCUCCGGGGCAAUACGUUGUUAUUCUAUGCAUUAUUUUUAGUCUUCUCUGUGGAACUGUUAAUUGGUUCCUCACAAGUUCGUAUUAUUGUGUCAGAGAUAUUGUCAUAACCUUAUUUUUGGCAAGUCUCAGAUAAUAAGAGGAACAAAUGUUUUAUAUGAUCUUUGAGAAAGAAAAGAGGAACUAGGUGAAGGAUGUAGAUACAGGAAAGUUUAACUAUUGUACAGUUUUAUGUUGAAUCUCACUUGACGUUAAAUAAAAAGUAUCAGAUA